UUUUCUUCCACUGACUCUCUGUCUUCUUAACUUGACUUGAAGGGACUCUCUCGCAAGCUUCCCUCCCAAGGAGAGAUCAUAUGGAUGAUGAUGAAUAUGCCAAGCUCUUCCGUAGAAUGAAUCCCCCCAGAGUUGUAAUAGACAACAACGCUAGCGAUGAUGCCACUGUUAUUCAGGUUGAUAGUGUGAACAAACAGGGGACCCUCUUGGAAGUUGUCCAAGUCCUCACUGAUAUGAAUCUUGUCAUCAAGAAAGCUUACAUCUCUUCUGAUGGCGGUUGGUUCAUGGACGUCUUCAAAGUCAUCCACCAAGAUGGCAACAAGAUCACUGACACUCAACUCCUUGACUUUAUCCAAAUGAGGAUAGAGCGCAACGCUGGCUGGUUUAUUCCACCUUUAAGAAGCUCAGUUGGUGUCAUGCCCUCUGACGAAUACACCACCAUUGAGCUCGCUGGAACCGACAGACCCGGUCUCUUGUCUGAAGUAUCUGCUGUUCUCACAGACCUUCACUGCAACGUUGUCAACGCUGAGAUAUGGACUCACAACACCAGAGCUGCUGCAGUUAUUCACGCCACCGACAAUACUACUAAUUCAGCUAUUACGGACCCACUCCGCCUUUCCACCAUAAAACAUCUGCUCUGCAAUGUAGUUGGGACCAACAGCGGCUCCAGGGCUGCAAAAACCGUCUUUUCAUCUUGUUCUGAUACACACAGGGAGAGGCGCUUGCAUCAGAUCAUGUUUGAUGACAGGGAUUACGAGGGAGUCGUCAAAAGACCAAGGACAUCAAGGCCCUGUGUCACACUAACAAACAUUGACAAGGAUUAUACCGUUGUUACCAUGAGGUCCAAAGAUAGACCAAAGCUUGUGUUUGACGUAGUCUGUACCUUGACUGAUAUGCAGUAUGUGGUGUUCCAUGGCAUGGUCAGCACAGAACCACUAGAGGCUUAUCAGGAGUUUUACAUCCGUCAUGUAGAUGGACUUCCCAUAAACUCAGAAGCCGAGCAAGAACGUGUUAUCCAAUGUCUUGAAGCAGCCAUUGAGAGAAGAACCUCCGAGGGUUUAGAGCUGGAAUUAUCAGCAGAAGACAGAGUUGGUCUCCUCUCAGACAUAACUAGAACAUUUCGAGAGAACAGCUUAACUAUUGUGAGAGCAGAGAUUUCAACGCGAGAGGGUAAGGCUAAAGACACGUUCUACGUUACAGACGUUACAGGAAGCGCUGUUGAAUCAAAAAUCGUGGAGUCAAUAAGAAAAGAGAUAGGAGUAAGCAAGCUGAAGGUGAAGGAAUGCUCUGUUCUUGGUACAAGCAGCAGGGGCUCGCAAGAAACAACAAUGGGGUAUUUGCUUAGCAACAUCUUCAAAUGUAAGCCUCUCCAGUAACAUGUUGUCUCAUAAAGUAUGUGCUAAUUGUAUAUAUACUAUAAUUAGACAGGGUUUAGGGUUAGGUAGGGCAUCAUCUCAUAAGCUAAGCUGGUUGCAAAAAUGUAGCCGUCUUCUGAAACAAAAAGUGGAGAAAUCCCAUUUGUAAAAUUGUGUGGUCAAAUAACAGGAUGAUGAACCUGUUUAUGUAUCA